GAAGGAGAAGGGUUGUCAUGGCGAGCUAUCGCAGCUGAGCAUUGUGGGAUAGAGGCGGUGUCAUGGCGGUGGCUGCGCUCUGCCGGCGCUUCUCGGGGGUCCUGCGGCUGGCCGGAGCCGCGUCGUCCAGAUUAACCCGCCAUGUUCUGCAGAAGGAGGCGGCGAAAGCGGAGCUGUUCCCUCCCUGUGCGUCGUUGCACGUUUCGUUCCCACUGAAAGGGCUGGAGGAGUUUUUUGAUGAUCCAAAAAACUGGGGAGAGACAGAAAUCAAGUCUGGAGAUUCUUGGACAGUAGAACAGCUCCGAGGCAAGAGCAGUGAAGAUCUGCAUAAACUUUGGUACGUUCUCCUCAAAGAGCGGAACAUGCUCUUGACCUUGGAGCAAGAAGCGAAGCGGCAGAGGCUCCCGAUGCCGAGCCCAGAACGGUUAGAAAAGGCUGCGCCUUGAAAAAUAUCUACGCGAUCAAUACAAGGCGAAAAGAAGGGAGCAAACCAAUCGGAGGAAGCUGCUGAAAAGGUACCCUCAUCUUGCCGCAAAGUCUGAGAGUUAACGUGGAGUUGAAAGUGUUCCGUGUUUGGUAGACUAGCUGGCAUGACAGAGUCACCCUGAGCUGCAGUGUGAUACAGAUCCUGUUUCCAGUAACUGGCUGUAAGUGGACAAAUACUCUGUUUCCAGUAACACCCUCGGUGUUUGUUUUUUCUUACCAAAAUAAAGUUGCUCCAUUUGC